AUGAGUGUGUUAAAACUGUUGGACAGCAAAGUCAGGCAAGAAAUAAAGACCAUAUUACAUUUAGUGCCUUCGACAGUCAUUGGUUUCUACGUUCCAAAAGCUAAUGGGGGAUUAGGAUUACCGAGGUUCGAACACAUUAUCAAACUCGGCACCCUAAAAAGUGCGACAAAUAUUAAGAACUCAAUCGAUCCAGCGGCGUCUAGCCUGUCGGAGUUAAGAAGUCAGGACCAUGGAGUUAAUGACUUCUCAAAGAAUAAAACUGGCAAUGUGUGGCUUGAGAAGUAUAAUCUGCUCAAGCCCUCGAGAUCCAUCGAUGUCUUAAGACUUAGGACAAAUACAUUAGGGACAUGGACUGUAUUAGCACAGGCCGACAAAAAGGUAGACGUAGCUUGUAGAAAAGGUCAGGCCCAACCGGAAACCCUCGGGCACAUCUUAGUUGUGCCAAUACACCAAAGGCGGAUGUACAAGGUCGACGAUGGAGAGGUUUUACCUGUGGUCUUGGACAGUAGAGGGGCAAUAACACCAAAUACAAAGAAAAAUUUAAAAAUGAUGGGGAUCACAGAUAGUGAAAUGAAGACUAUUGUGAUGAACGUCCUAAUAAGCUCUAUACAGAUGCUAACAUAUUUUUAG